ACAAAUCUAGUAUGUGCAAGUUUGUGUAUGUAUGUAGGCCUGCACUGCUAUAUGUGACAUAAUAUAAUAACGCAAGCAAGUGAUUUAUGUCUGUUAGAAAUUUAACUACUAUUUAUUGCGCUUACAACUAGACAGAUAUUCAAAAGAGUGUUAUGGCGCCCUCUGUAGCAGAAGAGUCAGUAUUGAAGGACAGGAAGUUAUAGUUUUUUUUCCUCUGUGGGGAAAAAACUAAGACAUUAAAAGUAAGCAAUACUCGAGUUACGUGGAAUUAGGUGAAAGUGGGUGGUAUUAUAAAAUGGAAAUAGAAGAUAUGUACAGUAGUUUUUGUUUUUGGGCUGUUGUUGUGCAUGCAGAAGGAUUUCCCGCAUUGUGACCUUUAAACAUGGUUUCUAUUAUAGUAAAAAAAAAAUCACAUAAGUGUAACAAAGAAAAACAAACAAGCAAAGUUAACAAUGUAAGUGACAGAUCCCCUUAUAUCCGAUCAUUCCUCUUUCCUCCAGCAGGGGGGCGAGCAGGGAAAAAUGUGGGAGGAAAAACUAAAUCCAGGGACCUGAGUCAGCAGCUGCAGCGGUGCCAGUCUGCCGAUCCCCACAACUUCCGCUCAUCCGUUUCAUCUUCACACACAUUCAUAGUUAACAAUGGAGCUGAAUUGAUUUACAGUGAAGAGCGUCUUUGUUAGAGGACGAAUACAAGCAGAACAGAGGAGGAAAGAGGACCGAGCGGACCAUACGGAGACUCUGAGCUGCUGUUUUCCUUGAGGCCUCAUGUCCGUCCGCAUUUCAGCCAUGAGCGUCCUUCCUCCUGUUCGACGGGACCGAGUCAUCGCUCAGCUCCCUCAGUGUUUCCGAAAAGAGGCAGCCAUCCACACUAAAAAUGAUUUCAACAAUAAAGUAAAGACUGCGUGUCAGGAGCAGCGGACCGGCACUGUGGGCAGAUUUAAAAUAUCCAAGGUCAUCGUGGUGGGGGAUCUGGCUGUGGGGAAAACCUGCCUGAUUAAUAGGUUUUGCAAGGAUACCUUUGACAAGAACUACAAAGCAACAAUCGGUGUUGACUUUGAGAUGGAGCGCUUCGAGGUGCUGGGUGUUCCUUUCAGCCUGCAGCUGUGGGACACCGCAGGCCAAGAGAGGUUCAAGUGCAUUGCUUCUACAUACUACAGAGGAGCCCAGGUUGUUAUAAUCGUGUUUGAUGUAAAUGAUAUUGCCUCUCUGGGCCAUGUAAGGCAGUGGCUCGAAGACGCUUUGAAAGAGAACGACCCCACCGCUGUUCAGCUGUUCCUCGUGGGCACCAAGAAGGACCUCAGCUCACCUGCUCAGUAUUCCCAGAUUGAACAAGAUGCCCUCAAACUAGCAAACGAGAUCCAAGCUGAGUAUUGGGCGGUUUCAUCGCUGACAGGGGAAAACGUGAGAGAGUUUUUCUUUCGGGUUGCAUCAUUAGCGUUUGAGACCAACGUUCUUGCUGAGCUGGAGAAAAGCGGAUCAAGGCAAAUCGGAGAUGUUGUCAGGAUUAACAGCAAUUCUAACAAUCUGUACGCUGCAUCGAAGAAGAAACAGUCCAACUGCUGUCAGUAAGGAUGGGAGCAGGAGGUUAAAAUCGAUGGUACGGACUGAAAGCGAGGAGUUUUCUGAGUGGAAAAUGACCACGGCUGCCGUCCAGCUCAGCGGGAAGGAUUUCUGUGGUCGGGGAGGGAGGAGGGAUUCAGAUGUUUCCCUUCCUGACAUGUUUUAAUUUCAGUUUUUCCUGGCCUAGAAAGCUUUUUCCUCCACGGGAUGUGUGUGCAGAUUCUUGUGGAGUGACACAGGAAUUACACACAAAAUGUUCCCGUCCUGCCAGAAAGAGUCUCGUUUCACUUAGGGCUUCAAUUCAAUCUUAAAUCUUGUUGCUGCUGUAGUUUAUUUUAACAGUCAUAUUCUGCUCGUGUUGAAUUUGUUUUUUUGGCUCUUCUUUUUUUUUCAUUGCAUUAAAGUGACCAGUUAUAUUUGUUAGAGGCUAAAAAGAAAAUUUGUUCUUGUUUUUA